AUGAGAUCUGUUAUUAUCUUGACAGUACUUUUAUUAGUUUCUAUGGCUGCUGCCAAGAAAUUGUCAUUGGAGGAAACCCAAUUCCGUCAAUUCCAAAUCAAAUAUAACAAGCAAUACACUUCAUCAGAGUAUGCUGAACGUUUCGCUACUUUCAAGAGCAACUUGAAGGUUAUCGAUGAGAAGAACAGAGAUGCUGCUUCCCGUAAAUCCUCAGUUAGAUUCGGUGUCAACGAAUUUGCUGAUCUCUCACAAUCUGAAUUCCGUGCUACCUACUUGAACUCUGUCCAAGCUGUCCGUGAUCCAAAUGCCGCCGUCGCUGCCGAUCUCCCAGUUGAGGAUCUCCCAACCGCUUUCGAUUGGCGUACCAAGGGUGCCGUCACUGGUGUCAAGAACCAAGGUCAAUGUGGUUCCUGUUGGUCAUUCUCUACCACCGGUAACGUUGAGGGUCAAUGGUUCUUGGCUGGUAACACUUUGACUGGUUUGUCCGAGCAAAACUUGGUCGACUGUGAUCACGAAUGUAUGGAAUAUUUGGGUGACAAUGUUUGUGACCAAGGUUGCAACGGUGGUCUCCAACCAAACGCCUACACCUACAUCAUCAAGAACGGUGGUAUCGACACUGAAGCCUCAUACCCAUACCAAGGUGUUGAUGGUACCUGUUCAUUCAAGGCUGCCAACAUUGGUGCCAAGAUCUCCAACUGGACUUACGUCUCAUCCAACGAAACUCAAAUGGCCGCUUACUUGGUUGCCAACGGUCCAUUGGCUAUUGCUGCCGACGCCGUCGAAUGGCAAUUCUAUUUGGGUGGUGUAUUCGAUGUUCCAUGUGGUAACACUUUGGAUCACGGUAUUUUGAUUGUUGGUUACUCUGCUGAGAACACCAUCUUCCACAAGGACAAGGCAUACUGGAUUGUUAAGAAUUCCUGGGGUGCCACCUGGGGUGAGCAAGGUUACAUUUAUAUUAGUCGUGGAAACGGAGAGUGUGUAUCAAAAACAACUUCAACACCAACACCAAAAGCAACUCUAUCAACAACUCCAACAACAACCUUGACCUCAACCAAUACCAAGAAGGGAGAAACAAAAUCUGAUUCAGAAAUAGAUAUUGAUGUGAUAGAAACUUCAGAAAAAGAUUCUUAUUUAACCUCCGAGUCCCCUUUUAGUAUUCAAGAAAAGAAACUAUUAUCCAAUUGCCUAUGUCCUUUGUGCUUAAAACAAGUAGUUUUCAUAUCAAAAAACAAAUACAAACCAGAUACAGUUAAGAUGGCUAUCUUUUGUUUAUAUAUGCUAAAGAAGCACAAUUAUCGUUUCGACAGGAAUGAAAUUAUAGAAUUUAUCAAGGACCAUUGGGAAUUCUUUAAAAUCAAUAGAGUUAAAUAUGUGUGGUAUGAUCCUAGAGCUAAAUAA